AUGCGUAAGCAAUUGUGGUUAGAUUUGGAGUUGUCGAUAUCAGCUUUGGUUCCGUGGUCUGUGAUGGGGGAUUUCAAUGCAACCCUGUUCUCGCAUGAGAAAAGAGGUCCUGGUAAGUUUAAUCUUGGAUCAGCUGCUGAAUUCCAGGCAAUGGUUGAUGCGUGUGAAUUGCUUUCUAUCCCUUCUCAGGGAAAGAAAUUCACUUGGACUAAUAAUCGUCGAAGGGGUCAUGCAGUUGCAGUGUUGGAUCGGAGUUUUUGUAAUGGGAAGUGGAUAGAUGUGUUUAGAAAUGUGAAGCAGCGUGUUUUGUUGUCUUCGGUAUCAGAUCAUGCCCCUUUAAUUGUUGUCUCUGAUGAUGUUCAAAGACCUACAAAUAUCCCCUUUAGAUUCCAUAGCUUUUGGAUGGAAAAUGAUCAAUUUAUCUCUGUGGUUGAGGAAGCUUGGAAAACUUCGAUAGGGGGUAAUCCAAUUUUCGUUCUGGCACAAAAAUUAAAGCAGGUCAAGGAGAAUUUAAAGGUUUGGGCGAGGGCCAAUUUUCCUAACCUGAAUGAUGAGGUCGAUAAAGCAAAGCUGGAAUUAAAGAAGGUUCAAGAUAUGAUAGAGGUGGCUGGGAUGAACGAUGAAUUAUUUAACAGAGAGGCAGAUGCAAAAACAGUAUUAUUGAAGGCCAACCAAAUGUACGAGAAGUUGUGGGCUGAAAAAGCUAAACUGAGAUGGAUGAAAAAUGGAGAUUGUAACUCGAAGAUUUUUCAUCUCUCCGUGAAGCUUAGGAGGUUGAAAAAUCAGAUCACCUCCCUUAAAAAGGAAGAUGGAACUUGGGUUUCAGACCAACAGGGAAUAUCUUUUUAUGUCUCUGAAUUUUUUGAGAAAUUUCAUGAGGCUGAUGAAAUCACGGUUCAUAAUGACCUUCUUGAUAAUAUUCCCAGAGUGUUGGAGGAGGAGGACGUGGCAGGAUUGGAGAUUGUCCCGAGUGGGGACGAAAUAAAACAAGCUGUUUGGGAUUUAGAUCCUGUUAGCUCUCCAGGUCCAGAUGGGUUCCCAGGUAGUUUCUUCAGGCGAUGUUGGACUAUUGUUGAGGGUGAUUUUUGCAGGGCAGUGAAAAAAUUCUUUGAGGAAGGGCGGCUUCCUAAAGGUAUAAAUAACUGCUUUAUUUCCUUGAUCCCCAAAGCUGAGGGGGCGGCCUCUCUUGAUAGGUUUCGACCUAUAUGUAUGGGAAAUUUUUAUUGCAAAGUGAUAUCAAAAAUUCUAUCUUCAAGAUUACUUGUUGUUUUGCCUAAAUUGAUUUCGGAAGAGCAAGGCGCUUUCCAGCAGGGUAAAAUAAUUUCAGCAAAUAUCAGCCUCGCCUCAGAACUGUCAAAUUUGAUGUAUUCUUCAGUUAGGGGUGGUGGAAUGGGACUGAAGCUCGAUGUUCAAAAGGCAGUAUCAAUUUUGGUGAACGGUGGCCCGGUGGGGUUCUUUGGGGUUGGUAGAGGUCUCCGACAAGGAGAUCCUUUGUCUCCCUUUUUAUUUAUUCUGGCAGAAGAGGUUCUCUGUAGAGGUCUUAGAAGCAUGGUUCAGAAUGGUUUGAUAAAGUCUCUUCCUGGGCCUCGAGGGAAGAAGAUAGUGGUGAAGUGGGAUGAGGUAUGUAAACCUACCAGGGAAGGCGGUCUUGGUAUUAGGAGGUUGCGAGAUGUUAAUUUUGCAUGCCUGUGCAAAUUAGCAUGGCAAAUCAAACAUGGAAAUUCUCUAAUGAGUGUUUUCUUUCGUGCCCGUUUUCUGAAGAUUGAUGGUUCGCUGAAAACUACCUACCUUUCCUCUUCGAUAUGGCCUGGUCUUAAAAAGGUGUGGCGGUGGGUACAGUCUCAUGAGCAAUGGACUGUUGGGAAUGGUCAGAGGAUAAAAUUUUGGAAAGAUAGCUGGUUGGGAAAGAAGUCUAUUGAGGAGAUGUAUGGUUUGCAGUUAGAUAUCUUAGAUUCGAUGCAGGCAAAGGUUUCUGAUUUCAUUUGCCAAGAUGAGUGGAAUUUUCCCCAGGUAAGUAUGAUUAAUUGA